UGUUCUAUCUUUCCUUUCUCCCUUCCUCCCUCCUUUCAAAAUUUGUGAUUCGGAUGGGGAAAAUGCCACCAUUUCUACGCUGAUAAACAAAAAUGAGAUACCGCAAGAAAGAAAAGGCCGACUUGAUCUCCAUUGGUCAACAGUAUUGAGUUGACCGCUGCAAACGGGGAGCGCGCAGCUCAAUUUGAUAACCGACGGAUAUUUGGUCUCAAAAACAAAACACAAAGUGUCAAAGUUAAUUCACCAACAAGUUCGUUUGGCGUUUGGUGUAGAAUGGGAAAUAAUUGUUGUCACGGCCAAUCGGAACCGGUUCUUGACUUCGAGACGGAAGAUGUACAGGCGGUUCCCGGAUCAUCCGUCACUCGCAGGCCUCGCCACGACGACUUCAGAAAUCCGCAGCAGAAGAUUAACGAGUACCAAGAGAUCUUGCGUGAAAAUCAGAUGGAUAGUUUAAACAAAAUGCGCGAGAAUUUGAAAAAAAGGCCGGAGGUUUUCCUACUCAACAACGUCAUCCUGGCUAUCCAGUUUUUUGACAAUUUUGACAGAGAUAAAGAAGCCAUCCGAUCCAGAAAGACGGAACAAGAAUUGGCUGUCAACAGUUCCCUAGGUGAUAUUCGUCGGAGUUGUCAUUACGAAGGUGCCUUAACCGAAGUUGUGGGCCUAGACUAUCGUUACCAACCCAAAGGAGCUAGUUUGCCCGAAGUGGUGACCAACUUGCGAUACAACAUCAUUCACCGGAAUUUGGAAGUCUACCCAAAAGAACAAUACUCUUCGCUGGUUUGCAAUGAAUACACAUCAGCCGACGAUCCCAUUUACCGAUUCUGCAUGGAAGACGUCGAAAAAUUCCCUGGUUGGGUCAUGUUGCGUUGCGUCGACAUCCCGAAUAAUCACCGCAAAUCAGACGGGACUCACUCUACUACCUACGAUAGAGUAGACAACGAUAGCGAAGGAUAUUAUGGCAAAUCAAGCGAUUACGACAGUCCAAAGUCGAGCGUCUUAUGCGACAGCACACCGUCAGUGUCUGAAGUUGGCAUCACGCCUAAACAAACUUCAGCUACUCCGGAAAUUUCCAAGCGACCACCCAUGAAAACACCAGAGCUUAGCAGCUCAUCAUCGAGUGACGACGACGACGACGAUGGUGGGGAUGAGUUUCCGUCCUCGGGAACAGAAUUGAUGAGAGCUAUCGAGAACCGAAUGAAAAGUAGAGAUAAUCGAGCUCACGUCUCAUCUGUACCUCUAUCGGAUGAUUUCUCUCGCAAAAAAACACCCAAACCGGAACCAAUUGUUCCUACACUUCCCGUUAAGAUUAAACAUAAGAGGCGUGUAAUUAAGUCGAUCGAAUAUUCGAGCGAUGAGGACUACGACUACACGUCCAUAAACGACCUUCCCCGCCCUCUGGAAAGAAUGCCCGUUCCGUCAAAACAUCGCAAUUCAGCCCUAUCGCCCGAAUGUUUCCAAUCACUAAAGGUAAAAAUCGUCGACGCAAUAGACAAUCCAUUGGGACUAGGCUCUCAAUUCGAAUGGAAAACAUACCUGUCUUCGGCGGCUGUUUUCGGACAGUUCACCGAGUCAUUUUACGAUUGGAGUCAAAAGCUGGACCGCAAUUUACAAGAUGCCAGUGCCUACAAGGCGGCAAUUUGCUGCCCAUUGAUCAAACCAGCAUCCAACUGCCAAUACCGGACAACUGUUGAGUUCGUGCCCGUUAUUCCCGUUGCCCAAUGGCCUGACAUUGCUCGAGAAUGGAAAACCCGCAAACGUACACCCGUUCUGGACAAUCGCACCAAUAUCGAAUACAGAUGGCCGCAACCUACUCAAAUAGAGACUAUCAUCAAACAAGGCUGUCAUCUGAUAACAGAAGGUGGCAAAUUCCGAGGCCACACAUCGGCAAACGCCAAGUUGCAAUGGCAACUAAGUUUUGGAGCCGCGCACGAAACUCUUCUCUCAUCUUUGAGUGAACCGCACCUACGCGCUCUGCUCUGGUGUCGUCUCAUCUUCCAUCACGUCGUAGCUCCCCUCGGCGUCCUAUCUCAAUACCACCUUGAGACCAUCUUCUUUUGGCAGAUUGAGUCUAACUACACCAACUGGAACGAGCACUCUCUGGGCGAGAACAUUAUGGCGAUAUUCAAGGCACUGUACGAUUCCAUCCAGCAGCGAAAACUACCUCACUAUUUCAUCCGCAAGCGCAAUUUACUCUCCACCAGAGCUCCAAAAGACCUGGUCAAGGCCCAAGGUAGGCUAUUCCGACUGACAGAAAGGUUUGUCCCACUAGUCUUGGAGACGGCCAAACAAUUACAAACUUCAAAUUCAACCUUCCCGUUUCCCGAUUUGGCACGAAUGUGGGAGAUUGCAACAACUAAAUUGACCAUCGAUUCCAUCAAUCCGGCUCUGGGAGGUCCCACCCGACACCUCAGCAGUAGCGAGGGCAGCUUGAAUGGAACGAAAAAGAAGAAGGCCAGUAGCAGGUCAGGCGAUGAAGGAUUCUGGGAAACGAUGACGUCGGGCGACAAAACUCGGGACCUUCUACGCAAGGAGAGGGCGCGUAUCGAUGCCGAAGAGAGAGAGAAACGGCCAGUCACGGUGGUUGAACCAGUCGAAAAAAUGGACGCACAAAUCACCGCGUUUAAUAUUAGUCAGAGGAAACUUUUGCUUGAACUUUUCAUCGAUCACUUUAUCCAAAUGGUCAAGUCUUGCAACAAAAUCCGGGAUUAUCGCAAGAGCACAGUGUUUCUGGAUCAAGCCUUUAAUCUAUCGAUUCUUCUCAGGGAAGAAGGAUAUGAUGAUUUGGCCAAUGCUCGACUCGACGUCAUCGAACAUUUACGAAACGCAUCUCGUCAGGGUCAAUUCACAGAGGCUAUGGUGAAUAUUCCUGGAUCACCCUGCGUUUUCCCUACAGGUGUUGAACAACCUACUGGUCGGCCACUGUCGGGUAGUUAUGGAGUUCAACGAAACAAUAGUUUGUCCAAUGGUAGUAUUCUUUCCACCCCACUUCCGCUGACUCCAGUUGAACGCUCCUUCCUUUCCAACGCCAAAAACGGGCAGGUCAAGCCAAAAUCGUCUUUUAGCCACGAGCAGGAUUUCUUGAACGGACCGAUUAUCCCGACGUUAAACGAGACUCUGGCGAUAUCCUCCAACGCAAAGUCGACCAUAACUACGGCAGCCGUCAUCGAAAGCGUUCGAUCUAGCGAGGCGGAACCCACAGACCAAUUCGACACGCCACCAAUUAUUCAUAGAGUAAUCAACAUAACAACAAUAACAACUGCCUCUCAACAAUCGGACGAAGAUAUGGACGAAUCGACCGAUUUCUAAAUCACAAUCGUCAUAAAAUUGUUUUAGGUUUUCUAAAUUUUGGGAUCAAAUUAAGAAAUGGUCCCCCACCCCCCAAAAAAAAUAUAUAAUAAUAUGCGCGCAUUUCUUUCAAGUUCUUCCGAGUUUCUCAUGUAAAUGUUUUCAUAAAUUUUCGCUGUACCAAUAUUUAAUUUCGCUUGUUUUCCCCAUGUUAGAAAGUGUUGGCAAAUAGAUUUUAUCACUUACCGUAA